AUGAAUCAAACGAGCACAUCUAUAACAGUUUUUCAAAAAGACAAACCAAAAGAGGAGGCCAAUGAAACUCCUAUUCCUAAUUUUCAAAAAAACCCAGAAAAUUUGGUGGCACUAACUCAGAGACAAAGGUUGAAACUAGCAGUCCGGGAUUACGGUUCAACUGUUGUUAUCUUUCAUGUCACUAUCUCUUUGGCUUCACUUGGUAUCUGCUAUCUUGCUGUAUCUAGUGGUCUGGAUGUUGUCGCUUGGCUAUCAUGGCUCGGAGUUGGAAAGUCGAUCCUGGAAUCUCGCUUGGCUACAGGGGCCAGCACGUUUGUCAUCUCGUAUGCCGUCCACAAAGUUUUUGCUCCGGUGAGGAUUGGCAUUACACUAACUUGCACUCCACUAAUUGUCAGAUAUCUAAGGAGGGUGGGGUUUCUUAAAGCACCCCAAAAACCCCAGAUAAAAUAA